AUUGCUGAAGCUCUGUACAAGCAGGACCAGGCUUCAUGUGAAGAGAAGUUCUACAAAGUCAAGCAGCAGAAGAAUUCAAGGGGAUCAAGAUGAAGAUCUUGUCCUUCCUCUGCUUGUUUUCUCUGCUUGUUCUCUCUUCUGCUUUUCCUGCAGAUCCAGAGAUGAACUCUGAAGAAAGUAGGAAGCUCGCUCAGGCAUAUUUAGGUCAAUUCUAUACACUUGAAACAGAAGGGAGCCAUCUUGUUCAAAACAAGAGGAAUAGCCCCUUAGAUGGAAAACUGCGGGAAAUGCAAGCAUUUUUUGGAUUGACAGUGACUGGGACACUUGACUCUAACACCCUUGAGAUCAUGAAACAGCCCAGAUGUGGGAUGCCUGAUGUGGGUCAAUAUGGCUAUACUCUACCUGGUUGGAGAAAACACAGCCUCACAUAUAGGAUAUUGAACUAUACUCCUGAUAUGGAAAAAUCUGAUGUGGAAGAAUCCAUCCAAAAGGCUCUGGAAGUAUGGAGCAAGGUGACCCCACUAACAUUCACCAGAAUUUCCAAAGGCAUUGCUGACAUCAUGAUUGCUUUUAGGACCAGAGUCCAUGGUAAAUGCCCUCGGCAAUUUGAUGGUCCACUGGGACUCCUGGGCCAUGCUUUUCCUCCUGGCUGGGGAAUUGGUGGAGAUACCCACUUUGAUGAAGAUGAAAAUUGGACAAAAGAUUCAAGUGGAUUCAACUUGUUUCUUGUAGCAGCUCAUGAGUUUGGCCACUCCCUGGGUCUCUCUCAUUCCAAUGAUCCAAAUGCCUUGAUGUUUCCCAAUUAUGUCUUCAUUGAUUCCAGCAAAUCUCCCCUUUCUCAGGAUGAUGUCAAGGCCAUUCAGUCCAUCUAUGGAUCCUCACCUAAGGUAUCUGCUAAGCCAAAGAGACCCACUAUCCCCCAAGACUGUGAUCCUAAUUUGACUUUUGAUGCUGUCACCACCAUCCGCAAAGAAGUAAUAUUCUUUAAAGACAGACAUUUGUGGAGAAUUUAUCCUGAAGUCUCAGAAACAGAAUUUGAAUUAAUCUCUUCAUUUUGGCCAUCUCUGCCAGAUGGUAUUCAAGCUGCAUAUGAAAAUGACAGGGAUGAAACUUUGAUUUUUAAAGAUGGAAAUUUCUGGAUGAUUAAUUCACAUGACAUUCUGCCAGGUUAUCCCAAACCCAUCUACCACCUUGGCUUUCCAAGGCGCACAAAAAAGAUAGAUGCUGCUCUCUUUUACAGGAAAACAAGAAAAACGUAUUUCUUUGUUGAAGAUAGGUACUGGAGAUAUGAUGAAAUAAACCAAUUCAUGGAAAAAGGUUACCCCAGACGGAUAGCAAGACUCUUUCCAGGAAUUGGUCUCCCAGUUGAUGCUGCAUUUCAAUAUAAGAAUGAGAAAAUGGAAGCUGAGAGGAUUUGAGCAACUUGACCAAGAUUAUACAACUAGUUAAGUGGAAUAAAUAAGAUUUCAGCUUGGUCUUCCUGACUCUACAUAUAGCAUUUUUUGCACUCAAGACAUGCCUUUCUACAUCAAGUUCUCUGUUUCUGGAAUUUAUUUUUCACACUCUAGCAUUUAUUUUUCAUUUAAUGUUUACAACAAUCCCAAUUGUAGUUUUUCUCUUAGUAACAAAGCCUUCAGUGAAUAAUCCUAGAAUAUGUGAGAAUCUAAUUCUCAUUUGCUAUUAGUUAGGUGUGGAUAUAGGAACUACAUUGAGACAGAUUUUCACUGGACUUAUUCUUACUUAUACUCAGAAUAGGCGUUUUCCCUGAGACCAGAAUUUUUCUGGUUGACAAAGGCAAUUUAUUUUAGUGAAUUCCAUGAUAAUAUUCAUAGCUCACAUUUCUUCAGAGCUGAACAGGUUAAUAGAAUUCAUUCCUUAUUACUACAACUAGAUAAGAUAGGUAAUGGAAAUAGUUAUUCACAUUUUACAGAUAAGAAUACUGAGUCUCAAAGUGGUAAGGUAACAAGGAUUACACAGCUCAUAAAGCAUUCACAGCUUGCAUGCAGGGUUUUUCACAGAAAUUCAAUAUUCAUUGUGCCACUCUGUGGCCUUAAGCUUUGUGACCUAUGAGGUGAAAAUUAU